GAUAAGCAUUAUUAUUAUUAUUAUUAUUAUUAUUAUUAUUAUUAGUCUAUACAGUAUUAUUAUAUUAGUAACCUGCCAACAGAGUAGGAGAAUGUUGUAGGCAUUAUAACUGCAGAGAAACUUCUCUGUAGUGCUGUGUGAUCGUCGGGCGCAUGUCGCCUCUGUUAUUCUGUGUGAUGGUGAGGCAGAGCUGUAUUCCUCUCAUUGAGGAUCCAAAACCUGUGAGCCUGCGGCAGGAUGACAGAGAGCGGGGAGUGUGCCUUGCUUCACGGCUGCAGGCAGAGAUGGCGACCUGAAGCCGGUGAAUAAGCAGAAAAACAGAGGGAGGGGAAAAGGAUGCGGGCAGCGGAUGAUGAGAGGCUGCAUCACUCAGAGCAUCACAGGCACAAGAUGACUUUCUCUGGAGAUGAUGACAGAGCUUUGAGGAUAUUCGCGGAUGUUUAUUGUCCUUUAUUACAUGAGAUUUGAAACAGCAGUGUGAGUCCUCGGAGGGGAGGCGGUGGGGGUUUGUUGUCUACCUCAGCUGUUUCCCCCUCCGGCGGGGCUCUCUGCUCAUCCGACGCAGGGAGGAGAGGGCAGAGGGAGGGAGAGAGGGGCGAUGGCUGCCGGUGGAGCAGGAUACGGGGACACGGUGGAGCAGUGCCGGGCCGAGGUGGAGCGCCUGAACCGGGAGUUGGCGGAGGCCAACCGCGAGAAGAUCCGGGCGGCGGAGUGCGGGUUAGUGGUCCUAGAGGAGAACCAGAGCCUGAAGCAGCAGUAUGCCGACCUGGAGGCCGAGCAGGAGGCGCUGAGGCUGGAGCUGGAGCAGCUGCAGGAGGCGUUUGGCCAGGCCUACUCCACCCAGCGUAAGGUGGCAGAGGAUGGGGAGACCAAUGAGGAGACUCUGCUGCAGGAGUCUGCUACCAAGGAGGCCUACUACAUGGGUCGUCUCAUGGAGCUCCAGUCGGAGCUGAAGCACAGCCGGGCAACCACCGCCAACACACAGACUGACAACGAGCACUUGAGCUCCCUGCUACAGGAGCUGCGGGAGCAGAGUAAUGAGAUGUUGGAGCUGCAGCGCAGCCGGAUGCGAGAGGAGAUCAGGGAGUACAAGUUUCGAGAGUCACGGCUGCUCCAGGACUACACGGAGCUGGAGGAGGAGAACAUCUCUCUGCAGAAACUGGUGUCAACACUCAAACAGAAUCAGGUGGAGUAUGAAGGCCUGAAGCAUGAGAUCAAGGUCCUGGAGGAGGAGACAGAGCUCCUUAACAGUCAGUUACAGGACGCGCUGCGAUUGAAGGACAUCUCUGACGCCCAGCUGGAGGAGGCGCUGGAGUCUCUGAAGAGCGAGCGUGAGCAGAAGAAGCACCUGCGCAGGGAGCUGGUUCACCACCUCAGCAUGUGUGACGUGGCUUACACCGGCAGUGCACACCUGAUGUUCACCUCCGCCCCGCCCAGCGGCACUGCCACCCCAACAACUCUGCUCUCCCCUAGCACAGAAGAGCCAACGAGGUGUAAUGGUCACCUGCUGGGCGGGUCAGGAGCGGGGACACCUACUGGGUCGGUGCCCAGGGCUAACGGAGAGUGCCGAGGCCCGGGUCGAAAAGCUGAAGGGGUGGCGACAUCAGACCUCUUCAGUGAGAUGAACCUGACAGAGAUCCAGAAGCUCAAGCAACAGCUGUUGACGGUUGAACGUGAUAAAGUAGCAUUGAUGACCAGCCUGCAGGAGUCCCAGACUCAGCUCCAACAUACCCAGGGGGCCCUCACUGAACAGCAUGAGAAGGCCCUCCGCCUUAGCAAGAGAGUCACUGCCCUCCGCCGCUUACAUCGAGGAGCCCGCUUCACCCAGGAGGCCCAAGCCUCUCAGCUCACCCCGGAGGCCCUGAUUGAGCUGGACAGGUGUGAGGAGGAAGCUGAAGAGGAAGAAGGAAAUGAUGAGGAUAAGAGUGGGACAGUAAACAAAAGUCAGGUAUUUUCAUACCAGACGCCGGGUCUGGAGAUCAUGCAGUGCAAGUAUCGUGUGGCUGUGACAGAGGUGGUGGAGCUCAAGGCAGAGGUGAAAACCCUACGGGAAAGGCUGGCUCAGUGUGGGGAGGGCGCAGCACAGGAGAAGCUAAGGGGAAACUCUCAGCUCCACAGACUGGAGAGGCAGGUCGCCUCACUGGAGAAGAGCUGCCGGGAGGGAAGGGAGAAGGUUUCUAGCUUGGAGUUGGAGUUGCAGGUAGCUCAGUCAGCAUCCAGUGAGAGUCAGAGCGCGUUGAACGCAGCUCAGGACGAGCUGGUGACGCUGAGCGAGGAGCUUGCCCAGCUGUACCACCACGUCUGUCUGUGCAGCAACGAGACACCCAACCGCGUCAUGCUGGACUACUACAGACAAGGCAGGGGCCUCAGGGGCCUCAGUGCCUGUCUCAAAGCCAUGUCUUCGGACAACAGCAAAGUGCUCCUCACACCACGCCUCGCCAGGAGGCUGGCCACUGUCGCCUCGGCAACUUCAACUCCCGCGGAGUCGCGGAGCCCUUCGGCGUCUCCAUCCAAAGAACCCCUAUCUGGGGAGGGGAGGAAAGAGGAGAAGGAGGGGGACAGGGAGGGCCUCCAGGUGCCGUCUGAGCAGAGCCUGCCACCCUGCACACCUCCGACCCGCUCACCCAGCAUCAGUGCCUCUUCAUCAUCGUCAUCAUCGUCAUCACCUGCCAUUGAGCCAGCUGGCGAGCUGCGCAGGGAGCCAAUGAACAUUUACCACCUCAACGCUAUCAUCAGAGACCAGGUGAAGCAUCUCCAACGGGCAGUGGACAGGUCUCUGCAGCUGUCCAGACAGAGAGCUACAGCCAGGGAACUGGCUCCUCUGCUGGACAAGGACAAGGAGAGCUGCAUGGAGGAGAUCCUGAAGCUCAAGUCUCUGCUCAGCACCAAGAGAGAGCAGAUAGCCACCCUCAGACUGGUGCUCAAGGCUAACAAACAGACGGCAGAGGUGGCUCUGGGCAACCUGAAGAGUAAGUAUGAGGCGGAGAAGUCCAUGGUGACUGACACCAUGAUGAAGCUGAGGAACGAGCUGAAGGCCCUGAAGGAGGAUGCCGCCACGUUCUCCUCUCUACGGGCAAUGUUCGCCACCAGGUGUGAUGAGUAUGUGACCCAGCUGGAUGAGAUGCAAAGGCAGCUGGCUGCAGCUGAGGAUGAGAAGAAGACGCUGAACUCCCUCCUGCGGAUGGCCAUCCAGCAGAAACUGGCCCUAACCCAGCGCCUGGAGGAUUUGGCCUUUGAUCAAGAGCAGACCCACCGGACCCGCGGGAGCAGGCUGACCCGCGGGAAGACCAGCACCCCCAAAGUAAGUCCCCCAGUCUCUGCUUCGGCCUCCAACCUUGCCCAUGGCUCCACUUCAGCUUUGGCCCCCUGUAGCCUCCCCCCUCCCAGCCUUACUAGUCCUACAUCAAUAUUUUCUGAUGAUCCCUCUGUCCCCCUUAGCCCAUCCAUGGUCAGUGCAGCUGCUGCAGCUCUGGCCUCAGCUCUCACCUCCCCUACCAGACAUAUACCCCCUCGCAGUCCGUCAUCAUCAGCAGUCACCUCAUCGGUUGGCCCUGUGGCGCCAGAGAGCCCCCCAUCUCUGGAGGCCCCCUCCUCUUCCUCAUCCCAGACCCCGCCUUCAACCCCUCUGAGGCUGGCUCACUCCCAGUGGACCCUGGGGGUGCGGACGUUUAUGGUUGACUCCCAAAGUUUCAGUGUCAAUAUCUCUCCCGCUCUGCCCCGUAGCUCGGGACUCUCCAGGCACUACACCCCAGACUCUCAACCCUCUCCCCUGUCAACCUCUACCACCACCACCACCACCAGGUCUGCCCAGCCAGGAUCUGGCCCCUCCUCUCCCUACCGUUCCCCUAUUCUGGGACUCAGGCGCUCCCUGUGGAGCCCCUCACCCCGAACUCGGCCCCUGUCCAGCCUGACACGCUCCUCAGUCCUCCACACCCCUUCCUCAUCCUCCCCUUACUCCUCCUCCCACUCUUCUUCCUCCUCCCACAGCUAUUCAUCUGCCUACUACAGCUCCUCUCCCGCUUUUACCCCCUCUAGCUCCUACCUCACCUCAGGCACCUCCACCUCCUACAGCCACUCCAGCCACUACACUCCCCUCUACCCCAGAUACUACAGUUCCUACCGGCCCCGACACUGACAGCCUAAAACCUUUAUUGUUCCACCAGGCUCCUUAUUGACAAUAAAACUGCAACUCCCAUCAUCCCUCUCUUUCCGUCACCUGAGAAAAUGGGGGCUCACAGAGAGGAGGACAGAGUGGUUUCCUUUUUCCCAUUUCCUGUUUUCCUGUGCCUAAGCUUUGGCCAAUGGGUUCUGAAUGUUCAGUGACUUUGCUCAGGGAUUUGACAUAAGGAGCACAAGCGGCCCCGCCUUGCUUUUAUUCUGAGACUGCUGAUUGGUCCAGGAGGACGUUAAUAGAGACUUUUUAAUGAGAGUUUUUAGCAUUUAGGUUCUUCAGGUUGAGACCACACAUGCAUGAAGCGAUUAAAACACAGAGGCAUUCAGACAUUGACUGGACACUUGGCGGACACUUUUCACAGGUACGAAUGAGUGCCAUGACACAAUAAAUACCCUCUAUAUUCAGUGUAAUAUCCACUGUGUUUUAAAUGGUAGUGAGUCUCAUAUACUGUAUACACGAACACUGUAAACCAAAUAUCUUUCAGCGCAAGGAUUCUUCUUUGUUGAUGAAAUACUUGGAUGCUUAAGGGAUGAGUAUGCUUCAAAUGAACUAGGUCGUACAAAGUCUCAUCCAAACAUGUCUGAACGCAAAGGUGUUUAUACCUGUUAUGAAUGGCCAUGCUCUAUGGCAGAGAUAAAAGCCUGUCAUCAUAGACGGAGUUGAAGAAAUGGGGAUAACAGCACACAUGUUCAGCAUGCCUUCUCCUCAAAGGCAUUCAUUGCCCUAGUGACAGUAGAAGUUGUGAAGAACAAAAACAGAGAUAGUCUGGAAUCUUUUACACCUCCACAUACCUGACCAAUCUCUGCGUGAAGCUGGAAUGCUUGUUGCAUUGUCGGAUACAAAAAAAUUGGAUUUUUUCAGUUCCUUCUUUGGAAAGGUAUGAGGGGAGGGUAUUUGAGAUGUUGCUCGUCAAUCCAACAGAGACUUGAAGCAUACUGACUCCUUUAUUGUUUCAGCUUUCACUCUCUAAUCUUACACAAGACACACACAGCUUGUAUGACGAGACAACCGUGGAUGAGGAAUGACUGACCAGUCACUGGUAUGCAUUGAAUAUUUUCUGUCAUGGUGGGCACUGCUUUCCAAAAGCAAUCCAUAAGUGCACCUCAGUGAGUAGUGUUCUUCAUCUCUUGUCCAGGGUUGUUACCAUCAUCAGUUCAACCUUUAGCAUAUUUUGUUCAUCUCUAGCACCACCCAGAGGUUGCCAUGUACUCAGCUAUGCAUGUUCACAUUUGGAUGCUCUUAUACUGCAGACUCCUUAUCCUUCCACAUGAAAAAUUGACUUCACAGAGGUGCAGGCUUCAUGGAAGGUUGUGACAAAGAAGAACGAAUGAGAAGGAGGAAGGAAGGCGGAGAGCACUCAAACAUGGCAUAUGACCAGUGUAGAAUCAGCUGAAUCCCAUAGUAAAGUCAUUGUACAAAGAAGUGAUAUGACUUAGAGUUAGCUCUGGGGUGUCUCUAAAUAGUAUGAAGUUGCUUUCUCUUCAUUUCUCCUUAUUUGGACCUGCCUCAAGUAUAUCAACUAUUAAAGGCAUAACUUAACGUAGGCAUAACUUACAUUAGAAAAAUAGAUUGACUAUUAAAAAGAAAUCCUCAACCAGCCAAAAUUAUCCAGCAUAUCACCUGUCAGUUGCUGUCCCUGAUAUAACAGGGUGACAUAGUGAGUUGAGAGAUUUUUUUUAACUGCAAGUGUCUUUGAGUAAGAUACAAAUCCCUACCAGCUAUACUGGUUACAAUUUCAAAUAUGAAAUGAGCUGCUUUUUGAAGCAGGGUAUGAAUCUCACAAUAAUUUGAAAAUUGAUUCUUUUUGGUCAUGCGCCACCAUGCCAAAUUCAGUUCUCAUGCAACAUAAGAUCUCAACUCUUGCGGGCUAUUUUUGCAGCCUAAUUUUUGUAACAUGUUUGGACAUUGAACUAGACUGCUGUAUGACUAUUAGCUUACUAAAAGAUGAUCACUUCGCAGGGACACUGAUAGUUUUGGGCGAUUAAAUCCUUUAAUCAGUUUAAAUCAGUAUAUAUCUUUUUCUUAAAACUAAUGAAAACAAUUCAGCAGUUUUUUGAGAUGAGUAACCAUAUCAUGAAAUUAGGAAUUUACUCAACAAACCAUGUGAUCUGAAGUAAAGUAGAAAAACAACAUGACUCAGUAUCCCAAUUUUCACUCACUAGCAGAAAGAGGAAGUGAUUCAAGACCACUGUGACUCACCAUCAUUGCUGACUUCAGUUAUACUGGUACAAUAACAAUGUAGCACCCUCUUGUGCCUCUGAAGCGAUCUGCAGAGGUUUGUCCGGCAACACAGACUGAAUGUAUUCAGGUUAUGUGAAGGCUUGUUCAUGGCACUGCACCAAACUCAGGGAACAUGACACACCUCAUUCAACCUGGAAUGAGUCAGUAACCAAAAUCAGAUUGACUAUUAGCAUCAUGACAUAGUUUUGACUGAUAGAACAGAUCACUUUGUUUAGACUGCACCUAAUGUUAGAGUUAAGUUGAAAUCAAAGUUAAAGGUAUAGACUUAAAGUUUAAGAAAUAUGCUUGUUUUACAUCUUACCUUAAGAUGAGUAUCAGUUUCAACUGGGUGUCCAGUUCAAAGACAGGUCUAGUGUGUGUGAAGUCUAGCUUAGCACAAACACUGCAAGCAUGGAGAAACUGCUAGUUUAUGCUGCAUUCAUGCAGUGUCAACAGAAUGGGAGGAACGGGAAAACCUUCACACAUUAUUCCAAAAUAAGUUGUCUUGUAGUCACACUAUAUAAAACCCCAGCUAUUUUUAUUGUGUUCCACUUUUGAAGCGGUUUGUUAGCAAAGUUAAUAGCUCCAUUUUAAUUCACUGGAUUGAUAUUGGAUUUUAUUUAGAUGCAACUGGCAAUGAUGGUGGCUUUGCAGCCAUUUUGCUAUCAGUUUGUAGUUCUAUCUGUUAGGUGGGAGAUAUGGUAGCUGUCAGAAUUCCUGAUACAUUUCACUUGUAAUUACAACUUGGAGGCUUACAUGAUCAGUUCUUCCCUCUCAGAAGCUUAUAAUUACAAUAUGAAUGAUUCCGAGUUGGUCCGUAAAACUGAAAAUACAUCUUCCAGGAAGUGUUUAUUUACCCGUUAUAUGUAGUUACACAGCAAGCUAGUCCCAAAUAUAUCCAUACCUCUGUACUGGAUUCACAAUUGAUGUUGAUUAUCUCAUUUGAUCUGAGCUGGCAGCAAAUUUAUUUCAUUACUUUUAACUUUUGGCUAACAGCGUAUCUGAAAUCCUACCAGUUCAGCACACAUGAUACCGUAUUCCCUGUGUCUGUGUGUGCCUUACAGUACCUAUUAUACCUUCACAGUGUAGCCUAAUAACAAGUACAUGCUCUGGCUGAUUGUCUUUGUCCGGACACAAAAGCUUUUUUUAAUAUGCUUUUCUUUCUUUUCCACACCUGCACCUCAGGCUAUGAAUGCUGGUUUUUAUGUAUUUGUUUUUGGCUUGGAUUGCUUUCAGUGGGGUGAAUAAUGACUCAGCUAUGCCAGAUAGUAUUUGUAACUGUCAGUAGAUAAGUAUCUUUUGUCUGGGGGCUGUCCAGAAUACAGACUUGGCAAAUAUUGCCCUAUAUACCCCUCAGCUGUUCCCCAAAUGUACACUUUCCUUUUCCCCCUUUCCAUCAUUUGAACCUAUAAACACCACUCUUCUUCUUUCCUUCUUUAUCUACCAAUGUAGACGAUUUCACGGUUCUCUGUUGACUCUUGUCUUAUACUGUAAAUGGAUGCACCCUCUUACCUACAACACAAACGUCUUUCACUAUGCAACAUGGGGCAAAAACUCAUUUGACAGGCACCUUAAUUUUCCAGAUUUCUGAUUGGCUCCUUUGAAAGCCAUGAUGGGCCCACAUUUUCCCUUUAUUUUUUCUGCUAAAGCUUUUGAAGCUCUAUGGCUGUAGUCAUAUACUUUGAUUUUAAAAGAGCAAAUGGCAUUUGACAAGAAAAGGUUUACACACACAGUGUUGGGCUGGAUGGUAAUUCACUUUAUGCCCCUCCCUGACUGUUCCUGCACUCAUAGUCAGCUCUUUUUGAAGCCUGACCUUGAACUACAGAUCACAAACUUUACUGCUGACCAUUUUCUAAAAUAUGCCGCAUGGUGUCAGGUUUUUGAAUGUGUAUUUACCUUUUAAGAAGUUGCUGGUUUCUAUUAAUUUCACACAGUGUGAAAAUCAACAUGCACUGACUUGAAACAUGGUAGUACUGAUGCAUGCUCAUGAUACUACUUACAUGGACCUUCAUCACUGUCAUCUGGAACAUGGACAUUUCUGGUAAAAAAUACAAACUUAUUGGAUGGUGGGCAAUUUUCUUAACGUCAUAACCUUUCUUGGUUAGAUUAAUAUGAUUUGCCCUCACAGAGAAAGGCGUCUUCCAUUACAGUCAAUAUAAAACCAACCGUGCUGCUCAGCAGUGAGCUCAGUGCUAUCACUGGUGGCAGAAUAAAAUGGCAUUCUCCCUUACAUAGCUUCUGUUCAACAAGUGGAAAAAAUCAGAAUUCA